AUGAAAUUCACCGAUCCCACACUCGUCCUCGUCCUCGCGGCCGUGACUAUCGCGGCUCCAACACCUGAGGAAGCCACCGCAGACGCAGCCCUGCGCAACUGUAGUUACGGCUACAACUAUUGGGGUUCCGACCUACUCUAUAUCGGCAAGUACGGAAGCGACAUCAAGAAUGCCCUGAGUUCAAAGGGACAGCCCACCGACGCCGAUCAUAUCCUGUUUAUUCUCAUUCAAUUGCAAUACUCUUCUGACCAGCGGUAA